UGGCGGCAAGGUUGGAGAUGCGCGCGGACUAGUCUUUCUCGUGGGAUAUGAAAAAGCAGAAGCCAUCGAAGACUCUAUUCCUAAUUCUCGUUCCGAUCACGCAGAAUUGUUUGAUCACACAUGGCUAGGGCACCGACGACCGCCGCCGGAGCAUUAACGUCGUCUUCCCCUUCCCUCACAACCACCGUCGUCUUGGCCAACGGAUCCUCUUCCUCCCACUCCCAGCCACCCGAAACCCUAGUUCUCCGUCUCAAUCGGAAGAAGAAGAAGGUCUCGUGGAAGGAAGGCACCGUCGACAACGAGUUCAUGCAGAAGAAGAGCUCCAAGAAGUGCUGUAUAUUCCACAAGCAGAAGCCCUUUGACGAGGACGACAGCGACCAGGAGGAUGACCAUGGGCAUAAUCAUCACCACGGGAAUGAAAGCCCUUGCUGCUCUAGGGGAAACGGCGGGGACUCUUCAAGUAGAGUCAGUUGAUAAUUCAGAUUAACGUUGUAAAGCUGAUGUUUCGAAAGGUUACUGAAUUCGUGUUUUUGUUUUUUCUUAAUCGGUUUGACUGUCCGAUCAUCUAAUAUACAUUUUUUUUUUUGUCGAAGUAAUCGAUAACAUCUGCUUCUCGACGAACGAUAUGUUAUUUAUCCAAUCGAGGGGUUUUCCCUAUAACUCGAAUCGUUAUAGGUGGAUGCAUAUUGGCCACCGUUUCACCGUUGAA